AUGAGCGCAUUCCUAACGUCUGACGAAGCGGCACUUAUGCACGUUGCGGUUUCUGCUCGUUUGCGCGUGGUUUCACGUACCCUCCCCACAGAUCGCUUGCGAUCUGCUUUGAGAACUGGAGUCGAUAGUAGACGCGUAGCGCUUUUGCGUAAUCGCUCUGGGAGUUUGACCGUUGCGCGGCGAGAGACAGGAUUUGGCUGUCACCGUUUGCUCUCAGCCAGAUCGUUUCGUAUCUGCGGCGUGCCUGUCGUAUCCGCGCCGACCCGGCUCAGCUCACGACCCGGAUCGUCGUCAACGGUCGCACGAGCCAUGGCGACAGGCGCGGAGGGCGGCGGUCUGAUCGACCGCGCGGCGACGGUGGAGGAGGAGGAGCUGCUCGAGUCGUUCUCGCUCAUCGCCAGCAUUGACAAGGCCUGGUGCCGAGUGUCGCCCGUCGGCCAAACAGCAGGACCCAAGGGCAAGGGUGCUCCAGGCAAGGCGAGUCUAGACGUGACGGUGCAGAUGAGUCAGAAGAACCUGCCAGCCAACGCCAUGCGCAAGUACCUCUCCACAGUGCACGUGCCCGACCCGCAAGGCGACCUCUCGUCCUUCCACUGGUCCCCCUUCCCCACCGAGCUCACUGGCGUGACCCUCAUCGCCCCCUCCCCCUCGGGGGGGAGAUUGCUGGUGGUGCGGAAUGGGGAGGCGGGCGAGGGGGGGAAGGAGGCUGGAGCGGUGAAGCUGGAGGUGUGGGGCGCGGGAAGGUUGCUGAGGGAGGUGCAUGUGCCGGCCACUGUUCAUGGGGGGGUGUACGCCGAUGGAUGGUUCGAGGGUGUGUCAUGGAAUGAGGAUGAAACCUGUGUUGCCUACGUGGCAGAAGAGCCUGCCCCAACCAAGCCUGUCUUCGGCCAACCGCGGCAGCCCGCUGCCACGUCAGCCGCCCAGCACCCGCCUGCCGCACCUGCUGGCCCGGCUCGGGGCAGGUUCGGAGCCGCAGCUGCAGCGGCGCCAGCUCCGGCGGGAGGUGCAGGGAAGGGGAAGAACGGGGCAGCGGAGGCAGGGACGUGGAAGGGCAAGGGGGAGUGGAUGGAGGACUGGGGGGAGAGAUAUGCGGGGAAGCAGCGGCCGCUGCUGUUUGUACUCAAUACUGUCAGUGGCACAGUGCAGGCGGUAGAGGGUAUCCCGGGGGACAUCAGUGCGGGGCAGGUGGUGUGGGCGCCGGCAGUGGAGGGGCAGCAGCACACGCUGCUCUUUGUUGGCUGGUCCGCCUUCCCUUCCAACUUCAACACGGCUCGCCGCCUUGGCAUUGUCUACUGCGCCAACCGCCCCUGCCACCUGUUUGCUGCCCAAGCGCCCUCUCAAGACCCUGCUGGGAAGAAGUCAGGCAGCGGCAGCAGCAUUGUGAAGCUCACUGCUGGCAUCAGCAGCGCCUUCUCACCCCGCUUCAGCCCUGACGGCUCUCUGCUGGUCUUCCUCUCUUCGCACGCAGCAGUGGACAGCGGCACGCACGGCGCCACCAACUCGCUGCACUCGCUGCUGUGGCCCAAGGAGGGCAUCUCCUUCCCCCACGCCCCUCCUGCCGACCCUGAGGAGGAUACUCGUACUGGGCCAUCCGACGUCCCCGCUAUAGACAUCCCCAUCAACAGCAUAAUCAGUGUGGUGGCGAGGGCGGAGGAGCAGGGCGGCUUUCCUGGCCUGUACGCUGCAGGAGCCAUCGCUAACCCGUGGCUGGCUGACGGGCGCACGCUGCUGCUCACCACUGCUUGGCGGAGCACCCAGGCGAUCAUCUCCGUGCACGUGGAGAGUGGGCGAGUGUCAAGGCUGACCCCAGAGGGCCCGAUCUCAUGGGUUCUGCUAGAUGUGCGGAACAACGUGGUGGUGGCGG